AUCUUCACUUUCUUUCUUCCACUCCCCUCGUCUACUUCUGUCCUGUCCAUUGACCCGUUGCUCCCCUCUACCUGUCCAUCUUCUCAUCUACCACCAUGGCCGACAACGACGCCCAGCAUGAGCACACCUUCGAGAGCGCCGAUGCGGGUGCCUCCGCCACCUAUCCCAUGCAGUGCUCCGCGCUCCGCAAGAACGGGCACGUCUGCAUCAAGAACCGUCCCUGCAAGAUCGUCGAGAUGAGCACCUCCAAGACCGGCAAGCACGGUCACGCCAAGGUCCAUCUGGUCGCCAUCGACAUCUUCACCGGCAAGAAGCUGGAGGAGCUGUGCCCGUCCACCCACAACAUGGACGUUCCCAACGUCCGCCGUCAGGAAUACCAGCUGCUCGAUGUCACCGACGACGGUUUCCUCUCCCUCAUGUCGGAUGAUGGCAACACCAAGGACGAUGUCAAGGUCCCCGAGAAUGAGGUUGGCGACAAGAUCACGAAGCUGUUCACCGAUGAGAACAAGGACACGAGCGUUGUCGUUCUCACCGCCAUGGGCGAGGAAAUCGCCAUCGAUGCCAAGGAGGCUCCCAAAUAAGCUGUCGACGAUGCGCCGUCGUGACGGGAGGGAGUGCCAGUGCUGGGGAGAGACGUGUUCAUUUUUACAUAGGAGCGGGUUCUGUAUAGCCGUUCGGACGGGACAAGGGGGAGUUUCCAGGUCAUGAGCCUUGUUAGGCUGUGUGUGCAACUCGAGGACCAUCCUAUCCCUCCAGUGACUCCGGUCCAUCCCCAGCAUCGGCGCUCACGCUCCCACGUGCAUACUUAAUAGCACAAAAAUGAUUACACGCUGCAACAUGACUCCUAUGUGACGCCUGCGACCAAUUCACGAGUUUUCUGAAGUGCCUCGUCCCGUGUGACAUCGAUGGUGAAUCGUAUUUUUGAAGGCAUUGAACCCACGGUACGCCCCAAGCAUGGUACUGCUAUUAUAAUCUCUCGCAGUAUUCCGUACAUACUCAAAGACCCGCUUCCGUC